AUGGCCAAGCCUCUGACAGACCAGGACAAGAGGAAGCAGAUCUCCGUCCGUGGGCUGGCCGGGGUGGAAAACGUUUCGGACCUGAAAACUAAUUUCAACCGGCACCUCCACUUCACCCUGGUGAAGGACCGAAAUGUGGCCACAAAACGGGACUACUACUUUGCCCUGGCCAACACGGUCCGGGACCACCUGGUGGGCCGCUGGAUCCGGACGCAGCAGCAUUACUAUGAGAAAGACCCAAAACGUGUCUACUACCUCUCCUUGGAGUUCUACAUGGGGCGGACUCUGCAGAACACCAUGGUUAACCUGGCCUUGGAGAAUGCCUGUGAUGAAGCCACGUAUCAGCUGGGUCUGGACAUGGAAGAGCUGCAGGACAUUGAGGAAGAUGCUGGUCUAGGCAACGGAGGACUGGGUCGUCUGGCUGCUUGUUUUCUGGACUCCAUGGCAUCUCUGGGUCUGGCUGCUUAUGGAUACGGCAUCCGUUACGAGUUCGGCAUCUUCAACCAGAAAAUUGUCAGCGGCUGGCAGGUGGAGGAAGCAGACGACUGGCUGCGUUACGGUAACCCCUGGGAGAAGGCUCGCCCUGAGUACAUGCGUCCAGUCCAUUUCUAUGGAAGAGUCGAAUACUCACCCCAGGGGGUAAAGUGGGUCGACACACAGGUGGUUCUGGCUCUGCCCUAUGACACCCCAGUCCCCGGCUACAGAAACAACAUCGUCAACACCAUGAGACUGUGGUCUGCUAAGGCCCCUUGUGACUUUAACCUCAAAGACUUUAAUGUUGGUGGCUACAUUCAGGCUGUGCUGGACAGAAACCUGGCUGAGAACAUCUCCAGGGUCCUCUACCCCAACGACAAUUUCUUUGAAGGGAAGGAGCUGCGUCUGAAGCAGGAGUACUUUGUUGUAGCAGCAACUCUUCAAGACAUCAUCCGUCGAUUCAAAGCCUCCAAGUUUGGAUCCACAGAGUUUGUGCGCCUAGACCUUUCUACACUGCCAGACAAGGUGGCCAUCCAGCUGAAUGAUACCCACCCUGCUCUGGCCAUCCCUGAGUUGAUGAGGAUCCUGGUGGACAUUGAGGAACUCACCUGGGAGAAGGCCUGGGACAUCGUGGUCCGUACCUGUGCCUACACCAAUCACACCGUCCUGCCUGAGGCCCUGGAGCGCUGGCCUGUCGACCUCUUCAAAAACCUGCUGCCUCGUCACCUGGACAUCAUCUACGAGAUCAACAAAAGGCACCUGGAGCGCAUCACCAAGCUGUACCCUGGAGAUGUUGACCGCCUGCGCCGAAUGUCCCUGAUCGAGGAAGGGGACGUCAAGAAAAUCAACAUGGCUCACCUGUGCAUUGUGGGAUCUCAUGCUGUAAACGGAGUGGCCCGCAUCCAUUCUGAAAUCAUCAAGGACACUGUGUUCAAAGAUUUCUAUGAGGUGGACCCUGAGAAGUUUCAGAACAAGACCAACGGAAUCACACCCAGGCGCUGGCUGGUCAUGUGCAACCCUGGCCUGGCCGAGGUCAUUGCAGAGAGAAUUGGUGAGGACUACAUCAGAGACCUGGACCAGCUGAAGCAGCUCCUGGACUUUGUGGACGAUGACACCUUCAUUCGGGAUGUGGCCAAAGUCAAACAAGAGAACAAGAUGAAGUUUGCUGCCCAUCUUGAAGAGCACUACAAGGUGAAGAUCAAUCCCAACUCCAUGUUUGAUGUCCAGGUGAAGAGGAUCCACGAGUACAAAAGACAGCUGCUCAACUGCCUGCACAUCAUCACACUGUACAACCGAAUCAAGAAGGAACCCAACAAGUCAUGGACCCCCAGGACCAUCAUGAUUGGAGGGAAAGCAGCUCCAGGUUACCACACUGCCAAGAUGAUCAUCAAGCUGAUCACAUCUAUUGGAGACAUUGUCAAUAAUGACCCUGUGGUGGGAGAUCGCCUUAAAGUCAUCUUCUUGGAGAACUAUCGGGUCACUCUGGCUGAGAAGAUCAUCCCUGCGUCAGACCUGUCGGAGCAGAUCUCCACAGCAGGUACUGAGGCCUCUGGCACCGGCAACAUGAAGUUCAUGCUAAACGGAGCGCUCACCAUCGGUACCAUGGAUGGCGCCAACGUGGAAAUGGCAGAGGAAGCUGGAGAGGAGAACCUCUUCAUCUUCGGCAUGAGGGUGAAGGAUGUGGAAGCUAUGGACAAGAAGGGCUAUGACGCUGCGUCGUACUAUCAUCGUAUCCCUGAGCUGAAGCAGGCUAUGGACCAGAUAUCUGGAGGCUUCUUUAGCCCCAGCCAGCCUGACCUCUUCAAAGACCUCGUCAACAUGCUGAUGAACCACGACAGGUUCAAAGUGUUUGCAGACUAUGAAGACUACAUAAAAUGUCAGGAGAAAGUCAGCGCACUCUAUAAGAACCCUAAAGAGUGGACCAAGAAGGUGAUCCAUAACAUUGCUGGCUGUGGUAAAUUCUCCAGCGAUCGCACCAUUUCCCAGUAUGCCAGGGAGAUCUGGGGCAUGGAGCCCAGCUUGGAGAAGAUCGCUGCUCCUGAUGAUCCUCGCUAAAACCACAUCUGCCUCCUCCACUAUACUGUAGUUCACCAUGUGGUCCAACCACUGAAGAGAAACCUUGUAGCAUUUUCACUGUACUGUGGCAUUUUUUUUCUUGAUAUUAUUGACACCUACACAACCCCUUUUUAUUUUUUCCAGCUUAACCUGAAGUGGGCUUAUUUCCCUCUGUGUACCAGCAAUGCAUAUUAUCACUAUUGUAUCUCCACGUCAGCAUUUCAGCAGCUAAGAAACAGCAUAGAUUCUACUUUGAAAUCAUGGGAUUCUUCAGCUGGAGUGAAAACAUUAAAGAUAUACCUCCUUAUUUUGUUAUAGUUCCUGAUAGUCUGAUAUUUUCCAAGAUUUCCUCACCGCUGUUAGGAAGUUUGUGUUCAAAACAUCAAGCAGUAGCUGAAUAUAAACUUUAAGUGCUAUAGCAAAAUCAGGGACCUCUUUAACCAAACUCGGACGUCUAUUCUGCAGUUUUCACACAGCAGUGAUUCAAACUACAAUUCUAACUACAUUCCCCUCUACUUCUGAGCCAGUAUGGCUACCAAAACCCAGCAAACAUGCCAGUAAACCUCAGCACUGUUAUGGUUCAAAACCAACCCGUCUUCCAUGAAAGAGAAAAGAAAUGCACCUCAUAGCACCACAGCCUCGAAGCAGCACUGUGAUUAGAUGGAGUUAGAAGGAAGCCAUGCCUCCAUAUUUACAGCAGAUUCAUAUUCAUAUUUAAUAUAAAGACUAUCCAACUGCCUGGUCAGUGUUCUACAGUGUUUGCUGAAUAUAUCUCUAUGUUUGUGUAUAUUAUCGUUAAUGUUCAGGAGAGCCUUGCGAACAGAUGUACUGUCCCUUCAUCUUACCUGUGAUCUCUCCAGCAUGUGUGUGUCUGUCUCAUUCUGCUGUACUGUGUUAGAAAAUAACAAAGCCUUCUCUGCCUAAAACCUAAGUGACUGAAUUUAUCUCCGGAAGAUGUGUGUAUUCUGUGGUGUAGCCGUGUGUGUAUAACAUAGAUGAGCCCAUGACACUGUGGAGAUCAGCUCGAUUGAUGUACUGUAACAACAUGCUGUCCUGCUUCAGCUACUGCAUAUGACCGUCUGACUGCUGUGGUGCUGCCUGUAGAGGCUGCAGAAAGAUAGAACUGACCACUACAGUGAAUCUAACAUGUCUCUGUCAGUCAGUGCUUUUCUUUUUUAGUCAAUAAAUUACAAAACUACUUAAA